AUGGAUCAAAUGAAGGCCCAUAUUGCGCCAUUGAAGAUUGAAAAGGGAAAUAACUUUCGGCCCAUUAUAAACCGAUUCUAUUCCAACGAAAGUCAGAUCACACCACCAACAACACCUCAUACGACUACUGACGACAGCGAGAUGGAUCGUUCAGAAAGCAACCGGACGGUCUUCCACAACUACCUUCGAGCAUUUUAUCCUUUCCACCCGACUGGAGACGUUUCUCCAUCAACAGUUACUCUACCUCUUGAUCAAGGCGACAUCAUUCUAGUACACUCUGUUCACACCAAUGGCUGGGCCGACGGGACGCUGCUGGACACAGGCGAUCGGGGCUGGUUACCCACCAACUACUGCGAAGCAUACGACCAGGCUCCGAUGCGUCCACUACUCAAGGCCUUGACGGAUUUCUGGGACAUCAUCCGAGGAGGAUGUGGAUCACCUCUGAUUGACUUUGGCAAUCAGGACCUCGUACGGGGUCUGAUUGCGGGUGUUCGGUUUCUCCUGGAGAAAUCAGACUGUCUCACACGCGACUCAUCCUUGGUGAAGAGCCACGAGGGCCUCCGACGGAAUCGCAAAGCAUUAUUGUCAGAUCUUUCGUCGCUUGUGCGGACCACGAAGAAAUUCCAGGAAAUUUCCAGCGGGGAGCCGAUGCAGGACGAGGUCGAGUACAUGGUCGACCAGAUGCUUCUGAAAGCUUUCCGAAUCGUAACUCGGGGAGUUCGAUUUCUCGAUGUAUGGAAUGAAGAGGUCGGUCUCAGCAGGGCGAUCGCCGAACUUGAGCAGCAGCAAGUUCAGGACAUACCUCCGACGCCGACAUCCGAGACCUUUGCUUCUGCGGAGGAUGCUGCAUCCGAAGUGGGGACGGAGCGGAACGACUCCAGAAUGCUCAACCGAAGCCGAUUGGAGAGUCGACUUUCCAGUCGACUGGAAAGUCGAUUGGAAAACCGGUUAGAGUCGAGACUGGAGAGUCGUCUGGAUAUGAGUCGGGCUUCGAAUCGGAUGGACGCGUUGGACUCGCAAUCUUCCCGUCCACUGUCGGUAUCUACCAAACGCAUUUCUGUCUCACACCGGGUGUCGUACAGUGGCCCGGCCGCCGCCACCGCCCGAAACCAAAAUCUCGCCUCGGAGCGUCUUACGGCCACGUACGAUGCGUUCCUGGGGGUCUUAGGCUCCUUUAUUGGUCUGCAUCUACAAUCUCGCUCUUCAACUGAACUAGUUAUCACGACCGAGCAGGCAGUGCGCUCUUGCCGUGCGCUGCUGACGGUGAUUGAAGCCGUCUGCGAACAUGAUGCGCAGGGCAGCACUCCGCUGGAACAGGCCAAAGAUACCAUGUAUGAACGGUUGUCGGAACUAGUGUUUGCUGCUCGCGAUGCCUUUCGACCCGCUAACUCGCCCGACGAUGAGCUGGUGUUCAUGCCGGACGAGGGCAAGCGCCUGGUUGAUGCGGCAACCGAUUGCGUGCGAGCGGCUGGUAACUGCAUGGCCAAAGCUCGCCUGGUGCUCGAGCAGAGCGGUGACUUCGAAUUAGUCGCCAACAUCACCGAAGAGGCUGAGGAUAUUACGCCUAGCGCGCUACCCGAGGAGAAAUCUACCCCACAAGCGCAGCGCACGGCAGACGUGGCAGAGCAACGUCCUCAGGAGAUGGCACGACUGCCCCCACCACCGCUACAGAUCCCCCAAUGCAACAAUGGCUCCUCAUUAUCCACUCCUGGGCUGACGGAUGACAUGACCCCUGCUUCUUUCCAAUCCCGCAACGAAGCUAUUACCCCUGCAACAACCGAGCAGCCAUCAUCGUUUCAAUCUUCUGCCCUGUCCCCCAGCUUUGACAAGCUAUCCUUCCCCUCCUCCCCCCAAGAUGCUUCGUUCGAUGACUCCCUCCGACGCGACAGUCAUGCGAAGUCUGAGGUCAGCGACUCGUUCAGUCGAGGCGUCACUAGCAACGCAAGCAGCUUCACUUACAACAACCUCCGGGACUCGGAAAUGAGCGGUGUGUCCCAGACCUCUACCAGGGCGACGUCGCCUGACAUUGGAAUGGCCCCGUCUCUCAAGAACAGUGUCAGUUACUCAACUCUAGCCGAGGAGAACGAGGAGACAGAGGCCAACGUUCUGGAGAAGACAUAUGCUCAUGAACUGAUCUUCAAGGAUGGAAACGUGAUGGGUGGUAGUCUUCGGGCCUUGGUUGAGAAAUUGACGGCCCACCAGUCGACGCCGGACGCGAUGUUCGUCUCGACAUUCUACCUGACCUUCCGUCUCUUCGCCUCUCCGAUGGAGUUCGCCGAGGCUCUGGUUGACCGCUUCAAUUACAUCGGUGAGACUCCCCGUGCAGCUUCUCCUGUUCGACUGCGGGUGUACAACGUCUUCAAGGGGUGGCUCGAGUCUCACUGGCGUCAUGACUGCGAUAACGUAGCCUUGGACUUCAUCAUCGAGUUUUCGAAUACUCUCCUCAUGCAGCACCUACCGAAUGCGGCGCAUCGUCUCCUGGAGUUGACCGACAAGGUCACCAAGCUCCAAGGGCCAGUAGUCCCUCGGCUUGUCUCCUCCAUGGGCAAGACCAACACCGCGGCGGCGCAGUAUAUUCACCCCGACACCCCUCUCCCACCGCCGUUGCUAAAGAAGAAGGAGCUCGAUCUGCUCAGUAAGUGGAAGAAUGGCGAAGCCACGAUCAGCAUUCUAGACUUCGACCCAUUGGAACUUGCGCGGCAGUUCACGAUCAAGGAAUCGCGGAUCUUCUGCGCCAUUCUACCCGAAGAACUGCUCGCAAGCGAGUGGAUGAAGAAGACCGGAUCGCUUGCGGUCAAUGUCCGCGGUAUGUCUACCUUGUCUACCGAUCUGGCGAAUCUUGUUGCAGAUUCAAUUCUACAACUCGAGGAGCCAAAGAAACGCGCUGCCAUUAUCAAGCACUGGGUGAAAAUUGCAAACAAGUGCCUGGAACUCAACAACUACGACUCGCUCAUGGCAAUUAUUUGCUCACUCAACUCGUCUAUGAUCUCGCGGCUUCGGCGUACGUGGGAAGUUGUUUCUCAGAAGACAAAGGCGACGCUGGAAUACCUGCGGAAGAUUGUUGAUGUCGGCCGAAAUUAUGCCGUACUUCGACAGCGUCUGCAGAACCACGUGCCUCCCUGUCUGCCAUUUGUCGGAACCUACUUGACCGACCUGACAUUUGUGGACCAAGGCAACCAGGCGCUUCGCAGUCUCCCGACUGACGACGGUGAGAUGGCUGUAAUCAACUUUGACAAGCACGUCAAAACUGCGAAAAUCAUCAGCGAGCUGCAGCGCUUCCAGAUCCCGUACCGCCUGACCGAAGUACCGGAGCUGCAGGCUUGGAUGCAGAACGAACUGGUGCGCGUGCGAUCCAAUGGUGAAAUGAGUAUGCAGACCUUCUACCGCCGCUCGCUUGUCCUAGAGCCGCGCGAAGUUCAGCCGCCGCGCACCACGCUGCAGUCGGAGUCUAGCUCCUCCUCUCUCCUGGAAAACGCUAAAGACAAAUUUGAUUUCUUGUCGUGGGCCACGACCUCGAAGACCAAGUCGGUGACAAGCAAUGCUUAG